AUCAUUGGUGGACAUGUCAGUGUGUGUCGGGUCGCGGUCGAGACGUCAACUCCUGCGCAUACGGCCCAAAAAUACACAACCUUGAACUUCUCACGCAUUAAAAAUUAUAAUUCAUAACCUCAAAUAAACAAAUAAUGGUAUUAAAGUGUUAGUUAGGGAUAAGUAUAGUGAAAAUGUUGAGUUUUAAAGUGGGAGCGAGACAGCUGAUGAGGUGGAAGGAGUUGCACCUCGAUCGUGUGAAGUAUCAUUCUGGAGUGGGAGUGUUCGGUCAUCGACCGACGAGAGUGAAUGAUGUUGAUCUCCCCGAAGAAGUGGUAGAUAAAAGAAAUGAAAACUGUAGAGCACAGCGACUAGUAGACGCCUAUCGCACAUAUGGACAUCUAAGAGCUACAAUAGACAAUGUCAACUAUAAGAAUGAAGACAGAACUGUCAAGGAGCUUAACAUAUCAAGAUACGGCCUCAGUUCAGAGGAUGCUGUUGACUUGGGCCUCGUGUACGGGUAUGAAGGCAAACAGUCUGUGAAGAACCUGGUAGAAACUUUGGAGGGAAUAUAUUGUGGACCUAUCUCCUAUGAGUUUAAUUAUUUAGAGACAGAAGCCGAGCGAGAAUGGUUUGCCCAAAGAGUAGAGAAUGGCCAAGAUGCUAUAGACAAUGCCCGACGCGUAGAGAUCGCAAAGGAAUUGAUCCGAUCCCAAGCCUGGGACAAAUUCUUGGCCUUGAAGUUUCCCACUGUCAAGAGAUACUGUGGUGAAGGAGCUGAAUCUAUUCUUACAUUUUUCUCUAGUCUUAUGAAGUUAACGGCUGCAGAGGGAGUAGAACACGUGACUAUAUCAAUGGGUCACAGGGGAAAGUUGAACGUAAUGACUGGACCACUGCUGUACCCGCCGGUGAAGAUCUUCCACAAGUUCACUGGCCAGCCUGAGUUCCCGCCUGAAGCAAAUGCUGCUUGCGAUGUAGCUUUGCAUCUUAGUACCUCAGUGGAUAUUCCAGUUAACGACAAAUCUGUUAGAUUCUCAUUGUUGAACAACCCAUCUCAUUUAGAGGCAGCUAACCCAGUGUCUAUGGGUAAGGCUAGAUCAAAACAACUGCUGCUGAAGGAAGGAGACUAUUCUGAGGAUGGAUCAUCUAGAUUAGGAGACAAAGUACUUAAUCUUCAGUUGCAUGGAGACGCAGCUUUCGCUGGUCAGGGAAUAAACCAAGAAAUGCUGAUGAUGUCACAAGCCCCACACUUCAAUGUCGGUGGAUCUAUGCACGUUAUUGUUAACAAUCAAGUUGGUUUCACUCUCCCAGCCGCACGCGGUCGCUCCAGCCGAUACGUCACAGAUUUGGCCAAAUCCAUCGCAGUUCCUGUCAUCCAUGUGAAUGCUGAUCAUCCUGAGUUGGUAGUAAAAGCAACGAACAUAGCCUUCGAGUACCAGCGCAAGUUCCGCAAGGAUGUGUUCAUUGACUACAACUGCUUCAGGAAAUACGGGCAUAAUGAGGUCGAUGACCCCACCUUCACCAACCCACUACUUUACAAACUCAUUCAUAGUAGGAAAACAAUCCCAGACCUUUACACGGAAAAACUGGUGUCGGAAGGUCUGUUAAGUGAAGAGGAGGUGAAGAAUGAAGUGGCAGCACACACCAGCUACCUACAGAAGCAAUUCGAAGCCGUCCCUACUUACAAACCUGAGGUCAGCUACUACCAGGAGCAGUGGGCAGGUUUCCAAGCAGCACCCAAUGCUGUGGAGACCUGGGACACAGGAGUCGACACCGGUCUGUUGCAAAUGGUUGGACACGCCUCUGUUGCAUACCCUGAUAACUUUAACAUCCACCCUCAUCUAGCAAAGACACAUGUAAGGAGUCGACUGGGCAAGCUGGCGGACGGGAAGGAUAUUGAUUGGGCCACCGCUGAGGCGUUAGCGUUUGGCUCCCUCCUAAUGGAAGGUCGUCACGUGCGUCUGAGCGGCGAGGAUGUCGGCAGAGGCACCUUCUCACAUCGCCACGUGAUGCUGGUGGACCAGGAGACGGAAGCCAUCCAUAUACCACUCAACCACAUACAUGAGAAACAGAAAGGUUUUCUAGAAGUGGCCAAUUCGAUUCUGUCUGAGGAGGCAGUGCUGGCGUUUGAAUACGGAAUGGCGUACGACUCGCCGGAUAAUCUCUGCAUCUGGGAGGCACAGUUCGGUGAUUUCUACAACGGAGCCCAGAUCAUUGUGGAUACGUUCAUUGCUUCUGGAGAAGCUAAAUGGGUCCGCAGCAACGGACUAGUGAUGCUCCUCCCCCAUGGGUACGAUGGUGCGGCCUCUGAACACUCCUCCUGCAGGAUCGAAAGGUUCCUGCAGCUGACAGACAGUAAGGAGAGCACUCCUGACUCCGAGAAUGUUUGUCUUCAUGUAGCUAAUGCUACUACACCGGCUCAAUAUUUCCAUUUGUUGAGAAGACAGAUGGUGAGAAAUUAUAGAAAACCUUUGGUAAUAGCUUCACCGAAGAUCUUACUGCGACUAGCCGACGCUGUGUCGAAUAUAUCAGACUUCGCGCCUGGGACACACUUCAAGAAUGUUAUUGGUGAUCCCCUAGCUGACCCGCUGAAGGUAAAGCGUGUGAUCCUGGUCUCUGGCAAGCAUUACUAUGAGCUUCAGAAGGAAAGGCUCCGAGCCAAUAUAGAUGAUGUUGCCAUUAUAAGGGUAGAGGGCCUGGCACCCUUCCCUUUGCACGACCUUCAGACUGAACUACAAAGAUUCAAAAAUGCUAGAAAAUUCAUAUGGAGUCAGGAGGAGCACAGAAAUAUGGGCGCUUGGAGUUUCAUCAAGCCGAGAUUUGAAAAUCUUCUCGGAAGAAAGUUGUUAUAUUCAGGCAGAGCAGAGGGCGCCACACCCGCCGUAGGAGCUGCGGUACUACACCGAGCCGAAGUAGAACAUAUAAUAAAGGAACCGCUGCAUACCAUGAAAUAAAACAAUAUUAGUAUUAUACCAAUAUAGAAUGACUGUUGUUAAUAUUGUGCAUUUAUAAACGUAUAAGAUUCUGUACACAAUGUGCCAAAUGAUAUUUUUUUAAGUUAAUAAAGAUGCAUUGUAAAUAUU